UUCUUCUUGCUCUCCGAGAACAAGAUUCUGUUUUCCUGGUGGUUCCUUGGAAUAUUGUUGCAAUUCACCAAAAAGUGUUUUUUGGUUUUGUUUGAAAGCUGCCAAGAUGGAGAGUAUAACACCUCGGUUAAAGUUGCUGAAGAAGCGGCGCUCCAGCCUCUUUGUUACGAUCAAACGGGAAAUGAGCUUUUCGCAAAGCAUUGAGGAGCAGGAAGCUGAAUUCCCGUUUUCCCAGGACAGUUCUAUAAAGCUCUGGACAUCCAUGGACAACCUGGACAAUCCCGAUGGACAGAAACCUCGGGGAAAAGAUGCACCAAACCUGAGGAAAUCCAACAUAGUUAACCUCAACGUGGGUGGAAAGGUGUUUCACAUCCCCAAACAUUUGGUCCUCAAACACCCAAAAACCAGGAUAGGAGUUCUUGCCACGUGCCAAGAUCCCGUCAAGCGCCUGACGCUCUGUGACGACUACAGCGUUCAAAACAACGAAUUCUUUUUUGACCGAGACCCGACGUUUUUCCACUACAUCUUCCACUUUUACUGCAGCAAUGUCUUGUGGGUGAUGGACAGUCUCUGCCCCAUCAACUUUGAAGAAGAGAUGUCCUUCUGGGGCCUGAAAUUGAAGGACACUCCCAGGUGCUGCCGUAUUCUGUUUGAGGAGAAAGUGGAUGACAUAAGAGACCAACUGAAGGUCAACCAGGAGCUUAUUGACGAGAUUAAGCCUCACCAGGACGACUACGGAUACAAGGCAAUGUUUCUUGGCGGCUUCCGGAAGAUUCUCUGGGACCUAAUGGAGAACCCUUACUCGUCAAUGUCCGCCAAAGCUUUUGCCGUGUUCUCCAGUCUCUUUGUGCUCAUCUCAAUCGUCUCCAUGACGUUGAACACGGUGAAGGAGCUCAGGCAGUACAAACUGGCCGGCAAAACCUACAUGGAGUGGGUUGAAGUGAGUUCCAUCCUCUUCUUCACUCUGGAGUACUUCCUGCGUUUGGUCACCACCUCUGACAUCAAACACUUCGUCAAGAGCGCCCUCAACUUUGUGGACGUGGUGGCCGUCAUGCCCUAUUUCAUCCAGAUUAUGUUCGAGACUUUUGUCAUCGAUUCGGAGGACUUCAGCGCGAAGGAAGAUUUGAAGGCCAUGGCGAGGGUCAGCAAAGUCAGCAAGGUGCUCAAAGUCGUCAAGCUCAUGCGCAUCUUCCGUAUCCUCAAGCUGGCUCGUCACUCCACAGGCAUGAGGGCCUUUGGCUUCACCAUUCGCCAAUGUUCGGAGCAGGUGUGUUGUCUGUUUCUCUUCAUCGCUAUGGGCAUCUUCACCUUCUCAGCUCUCAUGCACUCCGUGGAGGUGGACCAGCCUGGGACGCCAUUCAGCAGCAUCCCAGAUGCCUGGUGGUGGGCAGCGGUGAGCAUCUCCACCGUGGGCUACGGAGACGUGGUCCCCAUCUCCUAUCUGGGCCGCUGCGUGGCCUUUGGCUGCAUCUCCUUCGGUAUAAUCCUCAACGGCAUGCCCAUCUCCAUUCUUUUCAACAAGUUCUCCGACUACUACGCCAAGCUGAAGGAGCAAGAAUACACCUUUUCCAACACCGAGCGCGCCUUCCAUCUCCAGAAGCGCCUGCGGAACAAGUGCGACAGCUGCUUCACGCCGCAGGCGGAGGACUCGGACGACGAGAUCCACUAUCGGCCCAGCGGAAGGCAAACCCUCUCGGAGGAGGAGGAGGAGGAGGAGAUGGAGUGAAAAAGAACGAGGAGGAAGGGAGGCGACCAUAUUGGAACCUCGCUAACCUGAAAUGGCCUUAUCACGCUUGGUGCAGGGCUCAAAUUUUACCGCGGCAGCUACGGCACAAACCGCACAAAAAAUUGACCAACAUUUGCGGCAAAAACAUGCCGUGACCGCCCUUGACUUUUUACUUGUUAAUGGACGAGGGAUGUAACAGUAAACGGUAUGAUGAUACUUUGCGAUAGUUAGUAAUACCGUUUAAUUUUUUAAUUACCAAAAAAAUUUAAUUUAUUAAUGCCUUUUCGGCAACAUGAAGUCAGGCGCAUGCGCACUAGCGGUGUUUGGCUUAAUAAUAAUGGCGGACUAACUACACAGACUUUGCUCGGGAGAUUUCCCCUUUGAGUAAACGGAGCUAAGCGCUUGUUUUAACGUCAUUUUCCCUCGCUUCUCGCCGUGCGUUUAAGAGCACACUGCUGUGUUUAGAUCAGGGGUGUCAAACUCAAAUACAGAGUGGGCCAAAAUUUAAAACUGAACAAAGCCGCGGGCCAAGGUUGAACAAAUUAAACUUUUAAUAGGGACCCAAACAAGUUUUGCGUUGAAUAUUGAACAAGCAAGGCUUAUAUAACUUUAUAGUGACAUGCAAAUUCGAGUGUCAAAUAAUAAUAAUUAAAAAAUUUCAAUGGCAUAUCAAAUACUAUUUAAAUAAUAAUUGAAUGCUUCUUUUCUAUUUGCAGCCUUCUGAGGUAAAUAUCAAUCAAUCAAUCAAUCAAUCUUUAUUUAUAUAGCCCUAAAUCACAAGUGUCUCAAAGGGCUGCACAAGCCACAACGACAUCCUCGGUACAAAGCCCACAUAAGGGCAAGGAAAACUCACCCCAGUGGGACGUCGAUGUGAAUGACUAUGAGAAACCUUGGAGAGGACCGCAUAUGUGGGUAACCCCCCCCCUCUAGGGGAGACCGAAAGCAAUGGAUGUCGAGUGGGUCUGACAUAAUAUUGUGAGAGUCCAGUCCAUAGUGGAUCCAACAUAAUAGUAAGAGUCCAGUCCAUAGUGGGGCCAGCAGGACACCAUCCCGAGCGGAUUAACAUUAACUUUUUUCACAGGCUAAUAAAUUUGAAAACAAAAUAACAAUGAAUAAACCAACCAUUCAGGACUUUAAACUGCUCAGUUUGCAACACACUGAUCUAACCUGAUGUGCCCAAGCCAGAUACCUGGCAUCUUUUCUUGGAUGCUAGUUCAUUAAUGUCUGGGCUCAGGCUUUGAGCUGAGGCAACCUUCAUUAUCGAACGAAGGUGUUCAUCAGUCAGUAUAUCUCGUAGUCCACCCGGACAAUGCCUUAAAAGGGCACUGCCUUUAACGUCCUCUACGAGCUGUCGUCACGUCCGCUUUUCAUCCAUUCUAACAACGUGCCGGCCCAGUCACAAGAUAUGUGCGGCUUCUGUAUGCACACAUACGUGAAUGCAACGCAUACUUUAUCAACAGCGAUACAGGUUACACUGAGGGUAGCCGUAUAAACAACUUUAACACUGUUAGAAAUAUACGCCACACUGUGAAUCCACACCAAACAAGAAUGACAAACACAUUUCGGGAGAACAUCCGCACCGUAACACAACAUAAACACAACAGAACAAAUAUCCAGACGUGACGAUUUUCGGGAGGGGUACUGAAAUCUGAGAGUCUCCCGGGAGGGUUGGCAAGUAUGAGAAUAAGCGGUGAAUGCGGUGUUACCGCGGCACCGCCACUGUAUAUAAUCGGCAGGCCAGCUCUAGUGUUAAUUUGAUAUUGCCUCAAGGGCCAAGUGAAAUUACACGGCGGGCCAAUUUUGGCCCGCGGGCCAGAGUUUGACACCCAUGGUUUACAUGGAGACAGGAGUGGACAAUAAUGGAGACACUUGUCCCCACACUAAAAGUAUACAGGGAAGGAGAAAACCAUUUGAUGUUUUGCAGCAGGCGAUGUGUCGUGAACGUUGUCACAGCUUGUUUAUAAAGUCUUUACUUUGUUUACUUGGAUGUUCACUCCUCCUUUAUUUAACUGCAAACUGUAUCUGUUCAAAUAACAUCAAUACUGGCUAUGAUGUUUUGUCAUCCCAUCGAACUGAACAAAGGCUGUGAAGAAUGUUUAUUCGAUGUGAAAGGGAUCACUCCUGGUUUUUUGUUGUUGGCCAAACUGUUGUACUGAAACACUAGGGAGGCGUUGGAGAAGAACAACGCUUGUUUACUAGACUUCAUCUUCAUUAGCCAAAUUGCUUUGUGUUUUAUUUUGAUAUGAAAAAGUAAACAAAAGGUUGUUUUUUUGUACAUAAAUUGUGUUUUUUUUCAUGUCACUACGGUGUUACUUCAAAAAACAUUCAUGUGACACAUCAUUUUGUUAAUGUUUUAUUGUGUAUAGUUAAUUCCUAUAUGACAUAUUUCUGCUCAAACUCUUAAUAUAUCUGUCCCGAUACAGUAUCUACAUGUACAUAUAAAUGUACAUAUCUUAAAUAAAUAAAAUAAAUAAAAACUCUCUCUUUCAAACUGCAAAAAUAGAGA